AAGAUGGCGGCUGCGACGGCGGCGGCGGCGGCGGCUCCCCCUUCCCCGCCUUUCCCUGCCGCCCCGCCGCCGGAGGGCUCUUCCCGCCCGGGCUCUUGGCCCAACUUCGCCGUCGUCUGCUCCUUCUUGGAGAGGUACGGCGCCCUCCUCGACCUGCCCGAGCUGCCGUUCCCGGAGCUGGAGCGCGUUUUGCAGCCGCCUCAGGAGCCCGGCGACCAGGUUCCAAGAGAAUUGGUCGAACUGCAUCUGAAACUGAUGAGGAAGAUUGGGAAAUCUGUCACAGCAGACCGAUGGGAAAAAUACUUGAUCAAGAUGUGUCAAGACUUCAACAGCACCUGGGCGUGGGAGAUGGAGAAGAAAGGAUACCUUGACAUGAGCACUGAAUGCAAAUUGGGGAUUUUGAAGUACCUUUGCGAAUGCCAGUUUGAUGACAAUCUAAAGUUUAAGAACAUCAUCAACGAGGAAGAUGCCGACGGCAUGCGCCUCCAGCCCCUCGGCCGAGACAAAGAUGGCUUGACCUACUGGUACCAGCUGGACCAAGAGCAUAACGUCAGAAUGUACGUAGAAGAGCAGGACGAUCAAGACGGAUCAUCGUGGAAGUGCAUCGUCAGAAGCCGAAAUGAGCUGGCUGAAACUCUUGAGCUCCUGAAAGCACAAAUUGAUCCCGCACUGUUGAAAAACCAGGAUAACUCUUUGCAAGAGAGUCCAAGCACUGAAGAUGAAGAGGCCAAAAAGAGGGAAGGCACAGCGAUGCCAGAAGGCGAAUUGAAGGUGAAGGAAGAAAAAAAGGAGCUAGCAGAAGGACUGCCACAGCCCUGCGAAAACCUUCCACCUCCUGCCGCUCUGGCAGAGGAAAAAAAGAUCAAAGUAGAGAAAGUGGAAGAGAGAGACAUCAUAAAGCUCCCCGUUAUCGUAAAACUCGGAAAGCCUCCGGAGAACCACGGGGAAGUGCAAACUACCAAAGACGAAAAUGACUCGUUCAAAGAGAACGUGAAGCCGGCUAAAGCGGAAGCGAAAGAGAAUAAGCCAGAGCCGAAAGACUCCAGAGAGAUGAACAGCAAUGCCGAGAAAACGGUCCUUGAGCCCGAGAGGAUCGAGUUCUGCGUCAGCGUCAAAGCCCCCCAAGACGUGGUGGAGAGAACAGCGGAAGAGAACGAGAAACUUAAAAACGACCAGCAGGCCAAGAUCCCCCUGAAAAAACGAGAAAUCAAGCUGACCGAUGAUUUCGACAGCCCCUUGAAAGCGCCCUUGCGGAAAUGCAUCACGCCGACCAAAGACGUUUCGAAAGAGGAAGGAGGCAAACCCGAGGAGGAGACCUUUAAGAGGGUCCCCACCAUCACCGACGGGAAGUUCCUGGUCAACGGGGAAAUGGGUUGCGAGAAACUCGUGCCCAAUAACCGGUUGGAUCGCUCGCCUUGCCCGAGGGAGGAGACCGCCAUUCUGCCAAAGGAGAAAAACGGGCUUGGAGAGGAACGGAUCCAAGAGGGAGUCAGCACCAUCGUCCGGACCAGCGAUGUCGAGAGAUGCAUUUUGCAUCCUGCGAAGGAGACCACCGUAGGGGUGAUUGUGCCUUUAAGGGAGGAGACCAGCCCCAAAGGGAGCGAAAAACAGCCGGACGCGAAGACGUCGGACGGGGUGGCUGAGGCUCUCUCCAAGGCAGGUGAUCCUCCCAAGAAGCUUGAAGACCCUCUCAGAAUAAACGACAGCGUGAUAUGUUCCAAAGACAGCUCGGAAAAACCCUCCAAGCUACCCUCCCCUAAAGAGCCAGUUCUGGUUUCUGAUGCCGACGAUUUGAAAAAAACAGCUCCUUCAGACGAGAAAACAGCAGCCUCGGCCAGCCCGGAUGCAACACCGUCUUCUGUUUCAGUCCUUUCGUUUAAGAAACCCGCGGUGGAAAAAGAAGACUCCGAUUCCCAAGUCGCUUUCCCUGAUCAAAGGCAAGCGUGCAAAGAGCAGGAGGCGGAAACGCCCAAGGACUCCGAAUCCCAAGAAGGAGAGCUGCCGACCACGGACAGCCUCCCAAGUGCCGUCAAGGAACCACCUCCCGAGACGAAGAAAGAAUCUGUGAAAACCAAGUGUAAAUACAAGCUGAUUUCCGAAGAAGAAAGUUCUCUCACCGAGAACAGGGAAUUAACCUCUGAGAGGCAGAAAGACGGGAUUAAGCUAACGAUCCGGAUCUCCAGCCGGAAAAAAACCGACCCGCUCCCUGCCAAGUCCUUGAACGCAGCCGCCGGGAAGGAGGAGGAGGUGGUGAGCGUCGGUCGCAUUUUAAGGCGGUCCCCCCGGAUAUCUAAACCGACCCCCAAGGUUGUCGAGACCCGAGAUCAGAAAUCCGAGAAGAAACGAAGCGAGGAAGAGGACGAAAAAGUGGCUUCCGUGCAAAAGCAGGAGAAGAAAGAAGAUUCGAAAAAGCCAGAGAAGGAGACGAACUCUAAAACCCACAAGGCUUCCCGGCGAAGUAAAGUCCGAUGGGCUGGCACCCGAACGCGUGGCCGUUGGAGAUACUCGAGCAAUGAUGAUAGCGAAGGUUCUGAGCACGAAGAGGGGGAAGAGGAGGAGGAAGAAGAGGAGGAGGAGGAAGAGGAGGAGGAAGAACCAGCCCCUGCGGAUGAUGACGAACCAUGCAAGAAGUGCGGCCUUCCUAAUCACCCAGAGCUGAUUCUUUUGUGCGAUUCCUGUGACAGUGGCUACCACACGGCGUGUCUUCGGCCUCCGCUGAUGAUCAUUCCAGAUGGCGAGUGGUUCUGCCCACCUUGUCAACAUAAAUUGCUCUGUGAGAAGUUAGAAGAACAGCUGCAGGACCUGGACGUGGUGUUGAAAAAGAAAGAGCGUGCAGAACGAAGGAAGGAACGUCUUGUCUACGUGGGCAUUAGCAUAGAGAACAUCAUUCCUCCGCGGGAGCCUGAAAUUCCCGAGCCUGUAGAUGAAAAGAAGAAAGACUCCAAAAAAUCAAAGGCAAAGCUGCUUGAAAGGAGGUCGACCAGGCAGCGGAAGUGUAUCAGCUACAGGUUUGAUGAGUUUGAUGAGGCCAUUGAUGAAGCCAUAGAAGAUGACAUCAAGGAGGCUGAUGGAGGAGGUGUCGGGAGAGGGAAGGACAUAUCUAACAUCACGGGGCAUCGAGGGAAGGAUAUCUCCACCAUCCUGGAGGAAGAAAGGAAGGAGACCAAGCGGCCCCCCAGAGCUGCUGCCCUCCGACGCAAGAAACGGCGGCGACUGAACGACCUGGAUAGUGACAGCAACCUGGACGAAGAAGAGAGUGAGGAUGAAUUCAGAAUCAGUGAAGGAUCUCAGGAUGAAUUUGUGAUAUCGGACGAAAACCUAGACGAAAGUGAAGAGGAUCAGCCGUCAAACGACGACAGCGACGUGGACUUCUCCAAGCGUAGGCCGAGACGGCACCACCCUCGGCCAAUGAGGCAAAGCAGACGCCUCCAGAGGAAAACGAUCAAGAAAAGGUACUCGGAAGAUGAUGAAGAGGAAGACUCCGAGGAUAACAUAAGUGGGGACUCCGGUAAGUCUUGGUAA